GGGCCAAAUAUGAGCGGAAGGAGAUGUGAUCGGAGGUUGAAUGUGCAGAAAGUUUCAGCGGCAGAUGAACUCGAAACUAAACUUGGAUUUGGGCUUUUCUCCCAAGGGGAAACGCGGCUCGGGUGGCUACUCACGUUUGCAUCAUCAUCUUGGGAAGAUGCCGAUACUGGGAAAACCUUUAGUUGUGUGGACCUUUUCUUUGUCACUCAGGACGGCUCUUCUUUUAAGACUAAGUACAAGUUCCGCCCUUACUUGUAUGCCGCCACCAAAGACAAUAUGGAACUGGAAGUUGAAGCCUACUUGAGACGCCGAUAUGAAAGACAAGUUGCUGAUAUUCAGAUUGUUCACAAAGAAGAUCUUUAUCUUAAAAAUCAUCUAUCUGGCCUGCAAAAAAAAUAUCUCAAAGUAUCAUUUGACACUGUGCAACAAUUGGUGGAAGUAAAGAGGGAUCUGUUGCAUAUUGUCGAACGAAACCUCGCAAAAUUUAAUGCACUUGAAGCUUACGAAUCCAUCUUGUCUGGAAAACGAGAACAACGUCCUCAAGACUGCUUAGACUCUGUGGUGGACCUCCGCGAGUACGAUGUUCCUUAUCAUGUCCGAUUUGCAAUUGAUAAUGAUGUGCGUAGUGGGCAAUGGUACAAUGUCAGUAUUUCCAGCACUGAUGUCAUACUAGAGAAGAGGACGGAUCUUCUCCAACGCGCAGAAGUUCGCGUUUGUGCAUUCGAUAUAGAGACAGUAAAGCUUCCAUUGAAGUUCCCGGAUGCUGAAUAUGAUCAAAUUAUGAUGAUAUCCUACAUGGUUGAUGGGCAAGGUUUUCUAAUUACUAACAGAGAGUGUGUUGGCAAAGACAUAGAAGAUCUGGAAUAUACACCCAAACCAGAGUUUGAAGGGUAUUUCAAAGUCACGAAUGUUACCAACGAGGUUGAACUCCUCCGAAAAUGGUUUUCUCAUAUGCAAGAGUUGAAACCUGGUAUUUAUGUUACAUACAACGGUGACUUUUUUGACUGGCCAUUUAUAGAACGGAGAGCAUCUCAUCAUGGGAUCAAAAUGAACGAGGAGUUGGGAUUCCGUUGUGAUCAAAAUCAAGGUGAAUGUCGAGCUAAGUUUGUGUGCCAUUUGGAUUGUUUUUCUUGGGUGAAACGUGAUAGCUAUCUUCCUCAGGGAAGCCAGGGUCUGAAGGCUGUUACAAAGGUAAAACUGGGUUACGAUCCACUGGAAGUGAAUCCUGAGGACAUGGUUCGGUUUGCAAUGGAAAAGCCACAGACAAUGGCCUCCUACUCUGUCUCUGAUGCUGUUGCAACUUACUACCUAUACAUGACAUAUGUCCAUCCGUUCGUUUUUUCUCUCGCAACUAUCAUUCCAAUGGUCCCUGAUGAGGUUUUACGCAAAGGGAGUGGCACCCUUUGUGAAAUGCUUUUGAUGGUUGAGGCUUACAAGGCAAAUGUUGUAUGUCCCAACAAAAAUCAAGCUGACCCUGAGAAGUUCUACCAAGGUAAACUUCUUGAAAGUGAGACAUAUAUUGGUGGCCAUGUAGAGUGCCUCCAAAGUGGUGUUUUCAGAUCUGACAUUCCAACCAGUUUUAAGCUCGACGCAUCCGCAUACCAGCAACUGAUCGAUAACCUUGGUCGGGAUCUGGAAUAUGCUAUCACUGUUGAAGGAAAAAUGAGAAUGGAUUCAGUUUCCAAUUUUGAUGAAGUAAAGGAAGUAAUCAGGGAAAAGCUCGAGAAGUUACGGGAUGAUCCUAUACGUGAAGAGGGGCCUCUUAUUUAUCACCUUGAUGUCGCGGCGAUGUAUCCAAAUAUUAUCUUAACAAACAGGCUUCAGCCACCAUCAAUAGUUACGGAUGAGGUUUGCACAGCAUGUGAUUUCAACGGCCCGGAAAAGACCUGUCUUAGAAAACUUGAAUGGGUUUGGCGUGGGGUGACGUUCAAGGGAAAUAAAAGUGAAUAUUACCAUCUGAAGAAGCAGAUUGAGUCUGAAUCUGUUGAUGCUGGAGCAAAUAUGCAGUCUUCAAAACCUUUUCUUGAUCUGCCAAAGGUGGAACAACAAUCCAAAUUAAAAGAACGACUGAAAAAAUACUGUCAAAAGGCAUAUAGCCGAGUACUUGACAAGCCAAUCACUGAAGUUCGCGAGGCUGGGAUAUGCAUGAGAGAAAACCCGUUCUAUGUGGACACUGUGCGCAGCUUUCGAGAUAGGAGGUAUGAAUACAAAACACUUAACAAGGUCUGGAAGGGAAAGUUGUCAGAGGCCAAGGCAAGUGGCAAUUUAAUCAAGAUCCAGGAAGCACAUGACAUGGUAGUGGUUUACGAUUCCUUGCAGCUAGCUCAUAAGUGUAUACUUAAUUCCUUUUAUGGAUAUGUCAUGCGAAAGGGCGCAAGAUGGUACUCCAUGGAAAUGGCUGGGGUAGUUACUUAUACUGGAGCCAAAAUCAUCCAGAAUGCUCGUUUGCUUAUUGAACGAAUUGGGAAACCACUUGAGCUGGAUACAGAUGGUAUAUGGUGUGCUCUACCUGGAUCUUUUCCUGAGAACUUUACCUUUAAAACCAUAGAUAUGAAGAAAUUCACCAUCUCGUAUCCGUGUGUAAUACUUAAUGUUGAUGUGGCGAAGAAUAAUUCAAAUGACCAAUAUCAGACUCUAGUAGAUCCUGUACGAAAGACAUAUAAUUCACGUAGCGAAUGCUCAAUUGAAUUUGAAGUGGAUGGACCGUACAAGGCAAUGAUUAUUCCUGCAUCCAAGGAAGAGGGAAUCUUAAUUAAGAAGCGGUAUGCUGUUUUCAAUCAUGACGGAACCAUAGCAGAACUCAAGGGGUUUGAGAUGAAGCGUAGAGGAGAGCUGAAACUCAUUAAAGUUUUCCAGGCCGAGCUAUUUGACAAAUUUCUGCAUGGAUCAACCCUUGAAGAGUGUUAUUCUGCUGUUGCAGCUGUUGCAAAUCGUUGGCUUGACCUACUCGAGGGUCAAGGAAAAGAUAUUGCCGAUAGUGAAUUGCUAGAUUAUAUAUCAGAAUCAAGCACUAUGAGCAAAUCGUUAGCAGAUUAUGGUCAACAAAAGUCAUGUGCAGUGACCACAGCAAAACGCCUGGCUGAUUUUCUUGGUGAUACAAUGGUCAAAGAUAAAGGACUGCGCUGCCAAUACAUCGUUGCUCGUGAACCAGAGGGGACACCUGUAAGUGAACGUGCUGUCCCUGUUGCCAUAUUUCAAACAGAUGAUCCUGAAAAAAAGUUUUAUCUGCAAAAAUGGUGCAAGAUAUCAUCAUAUACUGGAAUCCGUUCAAUUAUUGACUGGAUGUAUUACAAGCAGCGUCUUCAUUCAGCUAUUCAAAAAGUUAUUACCAUUCCUGCUGCAAUGCAGAAGGUGGCAAAUCCUGUACUUAGGGUGCGUCAUCCUUAUUGGCUCGAGAAAAAGGUCUGUGACAAAUUUCGUCAGGGAAAAAUAGUUGAUAUGUUUAGCUCAGCAAACAAAGAUCAUUCGACAACUCAAGAUAAUGUAGUGGCGGAUAUUGAAGAGUUUUGCAAAGAAAACAGACCUUCCGUAAAAGGGCCAAAGCCAGUUGCGCGUUCAUUUGAAGUCGAUAGAAAUCACUCUGAGGGUAAGCAGCAAGAGAGUUGGGAUCCAGAGUUCCAUGAUAUCUCAUUACAGAACGUUGACAAGAAUGUAGAUUACCAAGGAUGGCUUGAACUGGAAAAAAGAAAAUGGAAAAUGACUCUAACGAAUAAGAAAAAAAGAAGGUACUCCUCAAGUUUAUUUGGUUUUGAUUUGGAACAAAAUAUAAAUAAAAAAGUCUGUAAGGGAAGAGUAGGUGUAGGCUCAUACUUUAGGAGGCCUGAAGAAGCUUUGACUAGUUCCUAUUUGCAGAUAAUACAGUUGGUCCAAAGUCCACAGAGCGGGCAAUUUUUUGCUUGGGUUGUUGUGGAAGGAUUGAUGCUUAAGAUCCCAUUGACGAUCCCAAGGGUGUUUUACAUUAAUUCCAAAGCUUCUAUAGCUGGAAACUUCACGGGAAAGUGUAUCAACAAGAUUCUUCCUCACGGAAAGCCUUGUUACAAUUUGAUGGAGGUCAAUAUUCAGGAAGAUCAAUUUAUAAAAGAAAGCAAAAAGCUUGCCGCUCUACUUGCAGACCCCGAAAUUGAGGGCAUAUAUGAAACUAAGAUGCCUCUGGAGUUUAGUGCUAUAUGUCAGAUUGGAUGUGUAUGCAAAAUUGAAGACACGGCCAAACACCGUAACACCCAAGAUGGAUGGAAACUUGGUGAACUUCACAGGAUAACUACAACUGAGUGUCGCUACUUGGAGAAUUCUAUUCCACUUGUUUAUUUGUAUCACAGCACCUCAACAGGUCGUGCUGUUUAUGUUUUAUAUUGUCAUGCUUCGAAGCUUAUGUCUGUUGUGGUAGUCAAUCCUUACGGUGACAAGGAAUUAUUAUCAUCUGCCCUAGAGAGACAGUUUAGAGAUAGAUGCCAAGAACUGUCACCUGAGCCAUUUUCUUGGGAUGGUAUCCUUUUCCAGGUCGAGUAUGUUGACCAUCCAGAAGCUGCCACGAAAUUUUUACAAAAAGCGCUCUGUGAAUACAGAGAAGAAAAUUGUGGAGCAACUGUGGCAGUCAUUGAAUGCCCUGACUUUAACACCACGAAGGAAGGUGUAAAGGCCCUGGAAGAUUUCCCAUGUGUGAGGAUUCCCUUCAACGACGAUGACAAUAGUUAUCAGCCUGUCUCCUGGCAACGUCCAGCAGCAAAAAUAGCAGUGCUCCGUUGUGCUUCAGCAAUUCAGUGGUUGGACCGGAGGAUUGCCCAGUCAAGAUACGCCCAUGUGCCUCUGGGGAAUUUUGGACGUGAUUGGUUAACGUUCACAGUAGAUAUCUUCCUGUCCAGGGCACUCCGUGACCAGCAACAGGUUCUUUGGGUCUCAGAUAAUGGUGUUCCAGACCUUGGAGAUAUAAACAAUGAAGAGACAUUUCUAGCUGAUGAGUUACAAGAGACAAGUUUGCUAUUCCCUGGAGCGUACAGAAAAGUGUCUGUGGAGUUAAAGGUCCAUAGAUUAGCUGUUAAUGCCCUUCUGAAAAGUGACCUGGUGAGUGAAAUGGAAGGAGGCGGCUUUUUGGGUGUGAAUUCUAGAGGAAGUAGCUUAAACGAUAAUGGCAGUUUUGAUGAGAAUAAUGGAUGCGCGCAAGCAUUUCGUGUCCUGAAACAAUUGAUCAAGCGCUUGUUGCAUGAUGCGUGUAAUUCUGGCAAUAUAUAUGCUGAUUCCAUUUUGCAACAUCUGUCUUGGUGGCUCCGCAGCCCUUCCUCAAAGCUUCACGAUCCAGCUCUCCAUCUCAUGCUUCACAAGGUCAUGCAAAAGGUGUUUGCGCUGCUUUUGACUGAUUUGCGGAGGUUAGGUGCUAUAAUAAUAUACGCAGACUUCUCAAAGGUCAUUAUCGACACAGGGAAAUUUGAUCUAUCUGCUGCAAAGACUUAUUGUGAAAGCUUGCUCACAGUGAUGGGGAGUAGAGAUAUCUUUAAGUUGAUCUUGCUUGAGCCGGUUCACUACUGGCACUCGUUACUUUUCAUGGACCAGCAUAACUACGCUGGUAUCCGAGCUACCGGAGAUGAAAUUUCAGGUAACGAAGUUACUAUUGAACCAAAGUGGAGCGUUGCACGGCAUUUACCCGAGUAUAUUCAGAAGGAUUUUAUCAUAAUUGUUGCCACGUUUAUAUUUGGCCCCUGGAAAUUUGCAUUAGAGAAAAAAAGGGGCAGUGCAGAGAGUUUAGAGGCAGAGAUGGUAGAAUAUCUCAAGGAACAGAUAGGAACCCGGUUCAUAAGCAUGAUUGUUGAGAAGAUUGGUAAUAUCAGGUCACACAUCAAGGAUAUAAACGUGUCAGAUGCAUCUUGGGCUUCUGGUCAAGCUCCCAAAGGAGAUUACACGUUCGAAUUUAUACAAAUUAUUACUGCUGUUCUGGCUCUUGAUCAAAACGUUCAGCAAGAUGUUCUGGUAAUGAGAAAGAUUCUGUUGAAGUACAUUAAAGUAAAAGAAUGUGCUGCUGAAGCCGAAUUUAUUGAUCCUGGGCCAUCCUUCAUCUUACCCAACGUGGCUUGCAGCAACUGCGGUGCCUACAGAGACCUAGAUUUCUGCAGAGACUCAGCUCUCUUAACAGAAAAAGAAUGGUCAUGUGCGGAUCCGCAAUGUGUGAAGAUAUAUGACAAAGAGCAGAUAGAGAGUAGCAUUAUCCAGAUGGUGAGACAGAGGGAAAGAAUGUACCAGUUGCAGGAUCUAGUGUGCAAUAGGUGCAAUCAGGUGAAAGCCGCUCAUUUGACAGAGCAGUGUGAGUGUUCUGGAUCCUUUAGAUGCAAGGAGAGUGGUUCAGAUUUCCACAAGAGGAUUGAGAUUUUCUUGGAUAUAGCAAAGCGCCAGAAGUUUAGACUGCUAGAAGAAUGCAUCUCCUGGAUUUUAUUUGCCACCAGCUGUUGACAAAACAAUACACGGAAGACAGCAUUCGUGUAUCAGUAAUAUUUAAAAUGG